CACCUGAAGAAAACAGUGGAUGACCUGCAGGCAAAACUGGCCCUUGCGAAGGGGGAGUAUAAGACUGCCUUGAAAAACCUGGAGAUGAUCUCAGAUGAGAUUCAUGAGAGGAGACGGUCCACUGCCAUGGGGCCCCGAGGAUGUGGCGUGGGUGCUGAAGGGAGCAGUACCUCUGUGGAAGACCUGGCAGCAAGUAAACCGGAGUCGGACACCAUCUCCAUGGCUUCAGAAGCGUUUGAGGAUGACAACGGCAGCAGCUUUGUAUCCGAAGAAGAUUCGGAAACUCAGUCGGUGUCCAGCUUCAGCUCUGGUCCUACGAGUCCCUGUGAUGUGCCCACUCAGUUUCCUCCCCUGGCGCGACCUGGCAGCUUGGAUCUGCCCAGCCCUGUAUCCCUCUCCGAGUUUGGGAUGAUAUUUCCUGUGCUGGGCCCCCGAAGCGAAUGCAGCGGGGCAUCCUCCCCUGAGUGCGAAGCUGAGAGAGGGGAUAGGGCAGAAGGGGCUGAGAACAAGACAAGCGACAGAGCGAACAAGAACAGGAGCAGCAACAGGAGCAGCUACACUGAGGGGCUGGCUUUGGAUAACCGCAUGAAGCAGCUCUCCCUUCAGUGCAUUAAAAUCAAAGAAGGAAUAUGUGCAAGCAGAAAAGCUGCCCAGAUCGGCUGAGUCCUUCUUGUGCCCUGUCCUGAUUCAUGGGAGUAUAAAUAUUUAUACAUGAACUAAGUGUUUGAAGAACAUUGUGCCAAUACGAUAUGCCAAAUCUUAAGCGUU